GGACGUGCGGUUUCUUGCAAAAGUGGCAUCUGUGUGAGGAAGGCAAGUCUUCUGCUGUACACCAGGCACUCUGGACUCCACAGAGCCGACCCUGUCGCUCAUUAUAUCCGGAAUUUAUCCUGCUUUCAAGCUCCUAACCAUGAGGAUAAACGUUUGGAUUUACCAAGCUGUGGCGUGUGUUGUGGCCACUAUAUUGGAUACAGGUUUUUGUAAAAGGACUCAUCAGUCGUUACAGAAGUAUGAGAAGAGUGAAGGUCACAUGCUGGUUUGCACAGACUGCCCUCAGCCCCCUUUGGUUAGAGGCAGCCGGUCGCUGGAAAACUGCGCCCGCAAGUGCAAGAAGGUCAAGACAAACUUCAACUGCAGGGCUUUUAACUUUCAGCGGCACAACAGGAAAUGCCACUUGCUUCCUUUUGACCGCUUCACGCAUGGUGUGCAGACGCAAGCCAACAUCAACUUUACUUUGUAUGAAAAAAAAGAUUAUAUAAGGGAAUGUAUCAUCGGCACCAAGGACAACUACAGAGGGAGACGAUCUUGGACAAAGUCAAACAUCACUUGCCAAGCUUGGUCAGAUAAUAACAUCAAUGAACACACGUUUUCUCCUGAUAGGUACCCAACGCAAGACCUGAGGGAGAACUUUUGUCGGAAUCCCAACAACGAUCCCGGUGGUCCGUGGUGCUACACUACAGAUCCCAACGUACGAGCCGAGGAGUGUGGCCUGCCACAGUGUUCACAAGAAGUCUGUAUUACGUGCAAUGGUGAAGAUUACCGGGGAAAAAUGGACCAAACAGAGAGUGGCAAGGAGUGCCAGAGAUGGGACUCAACAAGGCCUCACAAACACCACUUCCAACCCAAAAGGUAUCGACAGAAAGAUUUAAAGGACAACUACUGCCGUAACCCAGAUAAUCGCCUUCGUCCCUGGUGCUACACGGUGGAUCCUAAAACUCCGUGGGAGUACUGCGACAUCUCUGUGUGUGAUUCUGACUCAAGUGAGGACACAGAUGUCAAUGUAACAACAUCCUGUGUCCAGGGAAAAGGAACAGAUUACCGAGGCACAAUGAAUGUCACUCCAGAGGGUGUGACAUGUCAGCGCUGGGACUCCCAGUCGCCCCAUAACCACUCCUUUCUUCCCCAGAACUUCAAAUGCAAUUUGUGUAUGUGUUUUAGAGACCUCACAGAGAACUACUGCCGUAACCCUGAUGGCGCCGAUCACCCAUGGUGCUUCACUACAGACCCCAAUCAGAGGAUAGCCAACUGCACCCACAUCCCCAGGUGUGAUGCUGAGGCCACACAAAAAAUAGAGUGUUAUGAAAGCGGAGAGACGUACCGGGGCACGUUAUCCAUAACUCGAUCGGGGAUUCCCUGUGCAGACUGGUCACAUCACAUAAACAGUGGGGAUUCUCACUCUACAGAAUCCCAUGUAGGGCUGGAGAGGAAUUACUGCCGGAACCCGGACCGGGACAAACAUGGCCCCUGGUGUUACACUAAUCCAAAUAACCGUUUGGCCUGGGACUACUGCAAACUGAAGCACUGUGAAUCAGCCACAGUCUCUCCUCAACCCAACACUCCAACAGACACCAAGAUAUCAUGCUUUGUGCAUAUAAACACCAGAAUAGUUGGAGGACACCAAGUGCGGGGUACAGAUGGCAGCUGGGUUGUAAGCAUCCAAAGAGAGAAGGUUCAUUUGUGCGGGGGCUCGUUGAUCAGAGAAGAUUGGGUUUUGACGGAUCAACAGUGCUUCACCUCCUGUGUUCCAGAUCUCAAGGAUUACAGUGUGCAGGUUGGAGUGCGCCACCUCAACGAAUCCUCCAACCACCCGGGACUACGCAUCUCUCGCCUGAUCUGUGGCCCGGAAGGAUCCAACCUGGUUAUGCUAAAACUAGAAGAUCCUGCCCCUGUGUCUGAAGGUGCCUCUACAAUUCAUCUUCCAGUGAAAGAGUGUCACAUCCCUGAAGACACCAACUGCACCAUGUAUGGAUGGGGGGAAACCAAAAACACAGGAUACGAUGAGGCGCUGAACACUCUGACCAUGCCCAUGGUCAACAACGAAAUGUGCUCACAAAUCAAAGGGGACGCUGGAGAAAGCAGAAUAUGUGCCGGCGGCAAGAGAGGAGAAGGCGUAUGUGAUAAAGACAAUGGUGGUCCAUUGGUUUGCCAGGAACAUGAGCGUAAAGUGAUAAUUGGCGUGAGUAUCCAAAGGACAAAAUGUGCGUCAUCGCAGCCUGCGCUCUUUGUUAACGUCGCUUUCUACUCUGAGUGGAUAUACAAAGUGUUCAAACUUUACCCCAGUUUGGAGAGGGACUGAUAGUGUGGUGUGAAGAUCAAAGACAUGCAGGAAUGGACCACGAGGAAGAAAUAAGGAAAAUCCCGGAAUGGAAAGUGGCCGUUUUGGGAUUUUGUGGCAUCAUUUUUCCUUUUAAGAUGAUGACAGCGAUAGAAGACUGGAUGAAGGAGAUGGAUUCUCAUUUGUUCUUCCAAUUUGCAAGAGAAGACAUCCUGGCUUUAUCAUUUUGAAAAAAACAAAGUCUUGGGCACAUGCACGGCAAACUAUUUGUAUUUUGACAUGUUCAGAAUUUCUGAAGCCAUGCAAACAAAGACAAUGAGAAUGACCCUUGUGACUCAGUAUUAUCUCCUGGAAUAUACUUGAAUAUGGACAGAACCCAGAUGUCUAGAGGUUUCCGCACUUGGAGCCCUCCUGUGACUGGGACUUUUCUUUCUUUUUAAUAUGUUGAGCUGAACUGCAGAACCUAUUUUAUUACCUUCAACACAAAUGUACUAAUCUGGUUAUACAUUUUACACUGAACAAAAAUGUAACAUUGAGUUUAACGAAAUGUAUUAUGACAACAGGUUCCACAUAAUUAGAUUGUGUAAUUUGUUGACAUAAUACAUUCAUUUAAGUCAACGUUUAAAUUUGUUUUUCAUCGUAAGAUACAUUACAAAUCUAAGACGUUGACGUUAAUUAAAUCUAUUCUGUCAACUGUAUUAGGUUAGUUGAAAAAACCACUAAUAUUAAGUUUAAAUACAAAUAACUUUCAACUAACCUCAUACAGUUGUGGGAAAUGUGUUGACACUUAAUUCAAGUCAUUGUUUAGGUUUUUUCAGUGUAGCAAAGCAAGACAAAUAUACAUUAUUCAGCUUCUGAAAUGAUUCUACAAAGCGUUAAGGUAAUGCCAAAAAGGAGGGGAAAAUAAGGGUCAUCUAUAAGGUAGUACAGACACUAAAAGUCCAAAUAAAAAAUAGUACUAAGCCUAUUCCUCUGAGUCCAGCAAAUGUUCAAAUCUGGCUUUAGAUAAACCAGCAGUUAGGUACAUAACACACACUAUUGCUGCUUGGAGCUAACUGCAGAAGCCUUGGCAAACAUGCCGUGCUAAUUGUGUGCAGUAGCCGGACUACCUUUCCCCAGUUAGCUGUAACGUUUAGUUUCCCCUCGAGAGGGUCUGUGUAGGACUGGGCGAAUUUCUCCGAAAUCUUGUGCUAAUAUUUGUAGCGUGAGAAAGAGAAGAGCCAUGCCAAAUAAAACAUGGCUAUUUGGUCUCCAGUUUGGAGGUAACGUUGGCCCCUGGUGGGCUGUUUGUGGUCAGUAGGAUAUUUUAUAGUUUUCUUUUUUGGUUUACUCCUUAUGUACAUAACUGCAGAUUUAUCAAGUAUGUUUCUGCUGUGCUGUGAGAUAUUAUAGGUCUUAUAGAUCUGGAAUAUUUUAGGUUCACUGAGUAAUGUCAGAUUGUCUUCUUCGUGAUUGUGUUCGAUAUUUAAAGAGACUGGUAGCUAUGUAGGUAUAUUUAUUUUUUUAAUUAGAGGAAAACAUCGUUUGAGAACAAUCAGGAUCUUCUUGUGACAUUUAGAUUUUUGUUCCUUUCUCAUCAGGGGGUUAUGACCCCAGAAUAAUUUGGGUGCAUAUUUAACUCACAUGUUAGCUACACAAAUAUGGAAGUACAUGAUCUGUGACAGUACAGCAACUCCAGGUUUCUUUCAUUCAAGAGUGCUAGUUGCAGGCUAAAUCAAUAUUGUUCUGCCUAGAGUUGAUCAUGUAUUUACUGUGCAUAUACACACACAUACGUACACAUGCACAAACAUGUAAAACUUGUAAUUUAAUCAUAUCAUAAUGAUAUUCUAGCAGGUUAAAGGUAUGAAAACAAUAGGCAUUAGACAUAGGCAUUACAUUAACAUGCAUGAAGAUUUUAUUUACCAAACAAAAGAAAACACAAACAAAGUUUUAAGCCGAAUAAGUGAAACAAUACAGGUUCUGAUGAGGAGUUGAAAGUAGCAAGACGAUACGUUUCUCUUAGACCAGAAAAAAAAAAAGAAAAAUAAUGCCAGAUAUUGCCUUAAAUGUCAUAAAUAAUGCCAAACAUCCCAGCUCGUUUAGCAUCAAAAGCAUUUCAUUUUAAUCAUAUUUGUGUGGCUCCUUUGCCAAAGUUAAACAAAGUAUUUUAAUAUCAGCUCCAAAAUGACUGUUUUGAAUAUCAAAAGGAAAUCAUUACAUAGCAAUAAACUAAUAUUGGGGGAUUUCCGAUAAGCCUUUAAGUCCUUUUGCCUUUGGUUGGUUUCAAUGAACAUAACUAUGCAAUUAAAUUAUAACUGGCCUUAAUCGUACUUUGAGAACAAAUGCAAUCGUCUUAUAUCCUUGCACGGGUUAAAACCAAAAGUCUAUGAAGUAAUAAGAGAGAUGAAUUAAAGGCAACUGAACCAAAGAUCUCGUAAUCUUGGUUAUGUGGCGGAUCAUAAUUGUAAUGUAAAUUGUUAGCUGUGCUCUCGUGGAGUUAUAAUGUUAUUUAAUUUACCUUAAUGUAAAUAGCACAGUGCAUUCUGUAAAUUACACUUUGUCAUUUUUGUAAAUAGUAUACUUAAGUAUUUUUCUUCAUGAUGAUUCUGUUUAUAUAUUUGUAUACUGUAAACUUUAAAUAUAACAGCUGCUAUUUUGUGUUAGUGAGUUGUUUUAUAUCUAUGACUUAUUUUGUAUCUAUGUAUUAUUCCUAUUUUAAUAAACAACUGACAUUUUA